AUGACGAAUCUCAGACAAGCAUUAUAUUCAGCCUCAAAACAUUGUGGGAUCAGAUCAGUUACAUCACAGGUUAUCAACGAAACAGCAACAGUCAAAACAAUCAUAUCUGACCGUAUGUCCGUUAUUGUUCAAUGCAUCUCCUCCAUACUGAUUGCAACGAUAGUCAGCAUCAGAGUCAACUGGAGAAUGGGCCUAGUUGCUUGGGCCGUGAUGCCCUGCCACUUUAUCGGUGGGCUGAUUCAAGCCAAGUCUGCAAAAGAUGCUGCUUAUUCAGAACUGGUUUCCCUUGCUUCUGAAUCAACAUCCAACAUAAAAACUGUUGCAUCUUUUUGCCUGGAAGAUCAUGUGCUUGAAAAGGCCAAGGUUUCUUUAAAGAAGCCACUGGCAAAAUGCAGGACACAAAGCAUCAAAUAUGGGAUCAUUCAAGGUGUCUCACUUUGCUUGUGGAAUAUAGCCCAUGCUGUUGCAUUAUGGUAUACAACUAUCCUCGUUAAGAGAGGACAAUCUUCCUUCGAGAACGGAAUAAGAUCGUACCAGAUAUUCUCACUCACAGUUCCGUCAAUCACAGAAUUGUGGACAUUGAUACCUACUGUUUUCUCUGCUAUCAGUAUUCUGACCCCUGCAUUCCAUACCCUUGACCGACAGACUGAGAUUGAGCCAGACGAGCCUAAGCAACCACCUCGUAAAAGCAUCAAGGGGGAUAUUGAAUUUUCAAAUGUGAGUUUCACUUACCCCUCCAGACCAGAUAUGAUUAUACUCGACAACUUCAACUUGACAAUUGAAGCUGGAUCAAAAGUUGCUCUGGUUGGACCAAGUGGAGCAGGGAAAUCUUCUAUUCUAGCACUUCUGCUCAGAUUUUAUGAUGUGAACGAAGGAGCGUUACUAAUUGACUGGAAAAAUGUGAAGAGUUACAACCUGAAAGUUCUGAGAGCACAGAUCGGCUUGGUGCAGCAGGAGCCGCUUCUAUUCAGCUUCUCAAUCAGAGAAAACAUAUGCUAUGGAAAUGAAGGUGCUUCGGAAGCUGAAGUGAUACAGGCAGCUAUGGAGGCCAACAUCAUCCAUGAAGUGAUAAGCAAUCUACCAAGGGGAUACGACACAUCAGUUGGGGAAAAGGGAUGCCAACUUUCGGGUGGACAAAAGCAACGGAUAGCAAUUGCAAGGGUUCUGCUGAAAAAGCCAGCGAUAAUGCUUCUCGAUGAAGCCACAAGUGCACUUGAUGCCGAGUCUGAAAGGGCUAUCAUCAAUGCUCUGGAGUCACUGCAACAGAGUACAACAAAUAUUACAGUUGCACACAGGCUUUCAACUGUAAUCAACUCAGACACCAUAUUUGUUAUGGACAAGGGGAAAGUUGUAGAAAUGGGCACCCAUGCAAACCUUGUUACAGCAAGUGAGGGAGUCUACUCGAAACUUUAUACGCACCAGAGUUUUGCAGGAAAUUGAAGAGUCUUCAUUUGUAUUGAGUAUACAGAAUUCAGAGUGGAUUGUUACUAGAGAACUGUU